GUCGUGUCGCAGUCAGUUUUUAUUCAUCCAAGAUGGCGAACGUACGGGACAGCGACAUUUCACUGUGGCUACACAAUAAGCUUGGAACAUCAAACGAUUCGUGGAUUAGCGGUUCUAUCAUAUCACAGCUGAACAAGGAAGUGCUGCGGAAUAUCAAGGAGUGUUUUCCGGACCUACAGACGCAGGUGAAGCUGAAAUUACUGCUCAGUUUUUUCCACAUCCCGCGGAGAAUUGUCGAGGAGUGGAAAACCGAACUAGAUGAGGUGAUUGAAGUAGCUGGCCUAGAUUCAGAAUUAUGGGUAUCGAUGGUAGCGGAAACAAUCAAAACCCUCCCGACGACGGGAUCACUUAACACAGAAAUCUCUGAUUACGAAGAAACACGACCAAUCUUCACUGAUAUGGUCAACGAGUUGCGGCGGCUUGUGGUGAAAAAUGCUGACCUUGGCUUGCUGCCACUCGAAUGUCAGUAUCUCAACAAAUCUGCCUUGGUUUCGGUGGUGGGCCAGCAGGCGACUCCGGUGAAACACUUCACGCUAAAGCGAAAACCUAAAAGUCAAAAUCUGCGUGAAGAACUCGAGCAGAAAUCUAAAGAUGCCCAGAGCUGUUUGAAAAAGAUUUCUGCACCGACAGUGCCUUUGAGAUCUCGCGGAAUACCACGGAAAAUGACUGAUACAACCCCUUUGAAGGGAAUUCCUUCGAGGGUUCCUACCGGUGGAUUCCGAUCACCACCAACAUCCCAGGGACCAAAUCGUCCCAGCAUGAGUCGGAUGCCUGCUGGCAGGAAAGAAGGUGGUGUCAAGUUAUUGGAAAUAGGAGAACAACCUUUAGGUUACGCCGCAGCCAAGAAACGGAAACGAGAACAAGAGCGUGAGGAGCAGCAAAAGAAGGCAGCAGAGCAGGCCAGUGCCCAGGCCUGCCAGGACGUGAAACCAGUCGUAACAACUCCCACGACAUCCACUGUGACAACUACGACGCCGGACUACGCAGCCGGUCUCACGGCUAGCACCGUUUAUAGCCAACCUGCAACCCCGAUGCCGGUCACGACCGUCAAGGAAACUGUGGUUCCUAUAGUGGCGCCUCAGCCUACGUUGCAACCCUCACCUGCUCAGCCUGUGGAAAUAAAACAAGAAAUUAAGCAGGAAAUCAAAACGGAACCAAUUUUGACUUCCAGCGUACCAAUUCAAACUGUGCCGAUAGUUUCGUCAACACCCAUCCAACAGCACACGGCACCUCCAGUUCCUCCGUUGGCAUACACAACGCCUCAACCGCAGAAGCUUAUCAGUAUCAAAACAGAGCCAACGACUUCAAUUCCAAUGGCGAUUUCCUCCAAUCCACCAUCAUUGGUUCGAACGGUUCCACUCCCCACCACAACCCAGAUUAAAGCUCAACCUCAGCAACAUAUUCAACAGCUUCCAACCAUUGCUAGUUCAGUACAAAUGAUCCAAAACGCUACAACAACAUUAGCGAGCAAACCUACGUUAGCUUCUCCAAAGAUUGAGAUCAUCUCUUCUAAAACAAUCCAACCAGGAACGAUUCAAACAUCGAUUCCAAAAUCCACAACCAUAAUAAAUCAAGGUGGAAAUAUUCUGUUCACCACGAAGCAAGUUCAACCAAACACCACAUCAUCUGCUAGUGGAACGACCAUUAUUCAGCAAAAGCCAGGACAAUAUGUUCUGAACACGUCACCGCCUGGUAAACAAAUCAAUAUCCAGCGACUAAUCACCAAUGCCAACGUCUCCGGGACGCCCACCCUCACAACCACCAUUUCGCGAGCUCAACAUCAGCAACAACUGCUUCAAGCUCAGCAACAAUCUCAGCAACAUCAAAUCCAACAACCAACCACUCCAACGCGAAUUGUUCAAAUCAAAACAGCUCCAACAGUUUCGCUCAACAAUAACCAGUUGAUGCAGAAUAUUCCUCCACUAAUAUCAACCCAACAUCCUGGUUCCGGAUCGCAGCCGACUAUCCUCAACAUACAAACUAUUCAACAGCAGCAACAACAACCACAUCAACAACAAGUGCAGAUCCAACAUCAACCCACCACUCCGCAGAAACGAACUAUAACCAUUACUGCACAGAAUCCACAAAACAAUAAUAUGAUCGCAACAUCUGUCGCCCAAAUCCUCCAGCAGCAGCAACUCCAACAGCAACAACAACAAACCAUACAAACCACUUCGAUCGUAACCGGAUCUACACAGCAACCCAAAUACGCCCAAGUCGUCAUGUCGCCGAACGUCAAGGGCAAAACUAUCUUCUUGACGAAUCCAUCAAACAUCCCCAACGUGCUCAACCAAAAAGGCGUUAUAUUGCGUACGGUGGAUCCCUCCGGAAACACCGUCUAUCAGCAGAUUCCCCUUCAGAACGUGUCCGGGUUGAGUGGCGCUACCAUCAUAAGCGGGGGUCCCCCGGGCUUGGUCAAGGCCGAACCUGACACCAAAACACAGCUUAGUCAAAUUCCCGCUUUGGUCCCAACCAGUUCGUUGCAUCAGAACAUCCCCGCACUAACGCCUGUCGUUCUUCAGCAACCACAGCAGCAGCAAACGCAGCAGUCCUCGGCCAUCCCGGCCCUGAUCACCAACAUUUCCCAGCAAGCCCAACAGCAGACGCAACAGAUGAAAACAUCGCCCCAAACGAUGACAAUCAUUCGGCCGGUGGGUGGAAACAACGUGCAGACGGUCCUCCCACAGGGACUAACGCUGAUACAGCGACCGGGACAGCAGCCCCAGCUAGUGCAGACCAUCCAGACUGGCGGCCAGACGCAGGUACAGCAGCAGCCGCAAACCCGAACCAUCAUUACGCAGAUACCGCAGCAGCAGAUUCAGCAGCAGCAGCAACAACAGACACAACCGCAGCACACCAUACAGUUCCAGGCGGCGGGAGCUCCGCGGGCCGGAGGCACCACCAUCCAAUUGGUGCAGCAACCGCAUCAAGAGCGCACCAUUGUGCAACAGCAGCCGCAACAGAUUCAGAUUCAGCGGACGCAGAUCACCCAGCAACAGCAACAAGGCACCACGGUUACCAUUCAGCAGAACGCCACUGCAGUUGGCCAGCAGCAAGUACAACAGCAAGGCACUCGAAAGGGUCUCUCCUUAUCGAACAAGCAUGUGAUGGAAGCGCACGACAUGUUUAAGCGAGCUAACCGAGUGACUCGUCUGGAGAAGGCCCUUAUUCUGGGAUUUAUGGCUGGUUAUCGGGAUAACCCACGGCCAAACCCGGAGAAUGUCGUCACCAUCAAACUGAACGAAAGUCAGGAAAAGGUGCUCCAAGCGGACGACACACAGGCCUUAAUGCUAGUGGAAUCGCUCAUUACCCUGGACUACAACACGGGUGAGUGGAAAACGUUUAGGAAAUAUCGCGAGCUGGAUCCAUCGCAGCAGCACGAGUCGGGCCCGGCCGGACAGGGUCAAGCGACGACCCAGCAGAAUUCGGUGGUUAUUUAAUAUUUAGCGUAGCAAAAACGAAAGCGUGAUAGCCGAGGAAAAUUAGUUUAGUGUAGCGAUUGUGUGUAUAAAUCCAAAAUAGAGUAGGAAUGCCUAUAGUCGUGCGCGAGUGAUAACGGAUGAAUACGCCUGUAUUGUGUAUGUAGUUGUAUUUAUAUCGAGCGUUAUGUUUUUUUUCUAUUAUCAAAAGUAAAACCCAUCUGUUGUUAUAAUUGCUAUAUAUGGCAUAUUUAGGCGAAAUGUGCAAAUAUCUAAAUAUUUUCAUCUCAUGAAAUAAAAUCUACGCUGUAUUAAAGUCUUUAGUCCUAAAGCUUAUCAUAGUCGAGUACACAGACGGAACAAUAGAUCGAGCGUGCAAGCAUACCUUUGUAUCAGAAUAAAACGAAUCAUUCGUGUAUUGGACGUGCUAGAAAAAUAUUCGCCCGGAAACAAUAGAAGCUACACAAAAACCGUUCAAAACAGUUUUGAUUUUCUCUGCCGCUAACAGUUAGGGUUCCUUAUCGAGACGAAAAACAUAUAAAUAUUGUAAAGCAAAAGAGCCCACGUUAAAAGGAAAACAAUUAUUGGUAUGCAACAUUUGAAGAAGAAAGAUGCUCGAGAAUCUAAUCGCUGUAGGGAUUUUUCCACAAGGUAAGUUGAUUGAACGCACGCGUGUUGCAUGAAAUGCACUGCGGUGCGUCGAUGAAUGACGAUAUGAUUAAUACAGCUAACAGUAGAAGUUUUUAUUUUAGUAGUAAAAUUAAAUAUUGAGUAAUUAUGUAAUUACUAUCGCUAGUUUCAAACGCAAAAAAAUGAAAAGAAAAAAAGCAUGCAAAAAAGUAAUAUUGAUUAUUGAAAUAUUAUUGUAUCAUCACUACGAUAAAUAGUACGAUGAAUGUGUAUAUUCCAAGAUGCGCAGCAUAUAAACUGCAAGAAAGUGUAAAAAAUAA